AUGGACUUAAAUCAAAAUGUAGCCCACACUAUGAAUAACAAGUGGCAUUUUGGUGGAGCAGGGGGCCUAUUCCUUCACCAUACCUUCAGGUCAGCAGCAGCAGCAGCAGCCCCAGCAGCCCCAGCAGCAAGUAGUUUAUGCCCAGCCACAGCAGGUUGUGUAUACAACACCACAGCAGCGAGUGGUAUACUCACAGCAGCAGCAGCAACAGGUGUACCAAGUUGCUCCAACACAUUCUCAGCAGACCUAGACAAGCCUUACAUGAUUAUGAGGAAACCACGCAUGCAAACCAUGAUCCUGGUAGAUGGGACUUUGGGGAAUGAGGUCUAUCCUAGAGACUGUAAAAAUCAUGGGGUGAAUCUUUUAUCUUGGGCUCUGACAUGGUAUGCCUACUCAUUAUGGGAAGUGUUUAUUCAGCGACAAGUGGCUCCAGGUCUUAAAAAGCAAUUGGUUCUCAUACAGCAACAGCAGAUAGCGCAACAACAACAACAGCAACAAACACAGUAUGUUGCUCCAGAGCAGUUAAGACUCCAACAACAGCAGCAGCAACAGGUACAGGUGCAACAGCAACAGCAGCAGCAACAGGUGCAGGUACAACAGCAGCAGAUGGCUCUACAGACUCAGCCUCAGAUAGUCCAGACUGGGACAGUUGGAACGGGUCAGCUGCAGCACCAACUGGUGCAGCCACAACAGCUCCUCCAGUCGACCCAACAACCCUCCCAGGUCACCUAUCUAGAGCAGACAAUCAAAGAUGACAAAGGGUUGAUGCAUAUAGUGCGAACCCCAAUAAGCAUGAGCAACAUGCACCCUCAGUCCCCAGCUCAGGUGGGUGGACAGCCUGCCUUGACCCAGUCCACACCAUUGCUUUCCCCCCACACACCUCAGCAUGCUGCCCCCAUGUUACCCGGGCUGGGGAUCCGUGCUGGCACACCCCAGACUUCUCUAGCAUUGCCCCGAGGUCAAGGGCCAAGACUUCAGCGUAAUAACUUACGACCCGCUACCCCCACCCUCCACCAACAACCCCAGCAGCAAGAUGAACAACAAGCCUCAUUCCAGGAGCAUUAUCUAAAACAACUGGAGAACAAGAUAACCACUCAGCAGAAGGGUGUUGGACGAGGCAAGGUAAUCAGGCCCUCUGCAGAAAAACGCAAGAUGCUCUCACAGCAACUUGGGAACCCACAACAACAACAACAACAACAACAGCAACAGAAACAGCAGGUGACAUGCCUAGCUUAG